AUGCGCGCCGGGAUCCUUGCAGAGCCCCGCGAGGCAAUCGAGGCGGAGAUCCCGGCGGCGCGCCGCAGCCGAGGCCCGCGGGCGCGCGCCGGCGCCGAGGGCGGUGGGGCGGCCGCGGCCUGCCUCGCGGCCUGGGAGCGCUGGGAGUGGGCCGACUGGCAGGACGCGCGGCCGGCGCCGGCGGUGAAGGACGACGGCGCCGCCUCCGAGCGGCGGCUGGCGAGAUGGCUCGGUCGAGGGGCUCGGGCGAUGGGCCUCGAGUCGGCCACUCGGCGCGUAGGCGUGCAGGCUGGUCCGAGGUUGGCCGCAGUCGGGGUCUCCGCUGGGGUGCUCUCGCUUUGCCUCAGGCAGAGCCAGUUGUCGAGCACGGUCGUGCCGGCUCCCGGCCUCCCGGGUUGCGCCGUGGGGCGCGGCGGAGCGAGCCGCGAGGUGUCUGCCCUGCGGGGCGGCGACGGUCGCCGGGACGGCGGCCGGGCCUCGGGCGCCGAGCCGUGGCGAGGCGGGCGGGGGCAGCGCAGGGAGGACCACCAUAGGCUGCGCUUCGUGACCCCCGCGCCCGCGGGCUUCUUCGGCGACAGCGCCGCCCGGCGGGCCUGGGCGGCCGAGGUCGCGCUCCUGGCGCCCGGCGCGCGGGAGGCCGAGCGGGCCGCCGGCGCGCUGGAGCCGCUCGUGCCGGGGCACCUCGUGUCGGGCUGGACGACGUGCUCGCGCGCCGGACGCGUGCCGUGCGGGUGGUGUUCGAGUCCCCUGGCAACCUGA